CGUGAGUAGAUGGUUGUAGAAAAUGGUGAAUUGUUAUUAAAUUAAUUACUAAUGGCUGAUAAUAAGUUGAGUGACGAGGGACGACAAAGGUUCGGUUAUGACGGACUUUCAGGAGAGGAACUUUUUAGAACUGGAGAUGGGCUGACAUUUAAUGACUUUCUUAUUCUUCCUGGCUACAUUGACUUUACUUCAGAUGAUGUGGAUAUUACCACCCUUUUGACUAAGAAACUUGCAUUGACAGCUCCUUUGGUGUCAUCCCCGAUGGACACAGUGACUGAGUCUGACAUGGCUAUAGCAAUGGCUUUGUGUGGAGGAAUUGGUUUCAUUCACCAUAACUUCAGUGCUGACUUUCAAGCUGCUGAAGUGCAUAAGGUAAAGAAGUACAAGCAUGGAUUUAUUCAAGAUCCUGUGAUUUUAUGUUCAAAUGACAAAGUGAAAGAUGUACUUGAAGUCAAGAAAAAAUAUGGUUUUUGUGGAAUCCCAAUUACUGAAAAUGGGAAGGUUGGUGGAAAACUGGUUGGUAUGGUGACAUCCCGUGAUAUUGACUUCAUGGAGGAAGAUAUGCUGGACUUACCUGUUUAUAAGGUUAUGACAAAGAAAGAAGACUUGGUAGUUGUACCAUCAGGAAUCACUCUGAAGGAGGCAAAUGAAAUUUUACAGCAGACCAAAAAAGGAAAACUUCCAGUUGUGAAUGAAAAGGGGGAACUGGAAUCUAUCAUUGCUCGAACUGAUUUGAAGAAAAGUCGUAGUUAUCCUUUAGCAUCAAAAGAUGCCAAUAAACAGCUUUUAGUUGGAGCUGCUAUUGGCACACGAGAUGAUGAUAAGGAACGCUUAGAUAAACUAGUUCAAGCUGGAGUAGAUGUCAUAAUUUUAGACUCUUCUCAAGGUAACUCGAUCUACCAAGUGGAUAUGAUCCAUCACAUUAAGACAAACUAUCCUGAGUUGCAACUGAUAGGUGGAAAUGUGGUAACUACACAGCAAGCUAAGACCCUGAUUGAUGCAGGAGUAGAUGGAUUGAGAGUUGGAAUGGGUUCUGGAUCAAUCUGUAUAACUCAAGAAGUGAUGGCUGUUGGUCGUUCUCAAGCAACAGCUAUAUACAAGGUGGCAGAAUACAGCCAGAGAUAUAGGAUUCCCAUAUUAGCAGAUGGUGGAAUUCGUUCUGUUGGCCACAUUAUUAAAGCUCUGAGUCUUGGGGCAUCUACAGUUAUAAUGGGCUCUCUUUUGGCUGGAACAAGUGAAUCUCCUGGCAAAUACUACUUCUCAGAUGGUGUUAUAAAAAAAUACAGAGGGAUGGGAUCACUCGAUGCUAUGGAAUCUCAAGAAGGAACAGGCAGCCGUCAAAGAUACUUCCAGAGUGAGGAUGACAAGGUUCGAGUAGCACAAGGCGUAUCUGGUAGCGUUGUCGACAAAGGUUCAGUGCAUCGAUAUGUCCCGUAUUUGAUCACAGGCAUCAAAUAUGGUUGCCAGGAUAUUGGAGUUAGAAAUCUUACAAACUUGAGAGCUCUGAUGUACUCAGGUGAACUUAGAUUUGAAAAAAGAACACCUUCUGCUCAGAUAGAAGGAGGAGUACAUGGUCUACAUUCGUUUGAAAAGAAGCUGUUUUGAAGAUCUUGCAAUAAAUUAAAAGGAAAAGGAGUCACUACCUCUCCAGGGUUUUUUCUGUCCAAUAUCAAGGAGUUACAACCUUUACAGACAUUUUUUCUGUCCAAUGUUAAGAGGCCAUCUUGAUAAUGUUGCAUUAAUAUUAAAAUGGAAAGGAGUUACUACCUUUACAGGCAUUUUCUGCCCAAUACUAAGGGGCCAACUUCACUAUGUUAUUCCAUGUAUGCAGACAAGGAAUAAAUAGUUGUAGUAAGUUAGAUUUUGUGUAUUUUUUUAUGUUUAGAACAAAUAUAAAAGCAGCCAAAAAUUUGGAGGGUGAUUUAUUGCCCUGUUUGUAAACUGGUCAGUGUGUAAUCUAUUUUGUUGUUUGUGUUAUUCUUUCAAACAGAAGUAGUAAAAUAAAUUGCAUAGUAUAUUUUGUCUGUUAUGAAUUCUUUUUGUAACAACAAAACUGGCUUUUAGUAUUAAAA